AUGGCAGGGACAAUAGAGAAUGGCCAUGCAGAUGCAGUCCCCAAGUCGACAAAUGGCCGUAAGGAUGUCGUGAAGUCUGGUAGGAAAAGCGGAUUUCUACCAUGGACCAUCAUAAGCCUGGUGAUACGGCUUACCAUUUGGUAUACACUCUUGACGCCCUUCUUACGAUGCCCAUCAAACCUCUCCGACUUGAAUGACACGUCUCCGCGAGUCUGCAAACCUUACCUGAUUGCGCGAUCACAUGUGCAACCCUAUGUCACUCCAUAUUACGAUGUCUACGCCGCUCCCUACGUUGACCAGGCUCGCCCCUACGUAGACGUCUUCAAUCAAAAUGUUUACGCUCCCACCUCAAAGUUUGCCCAUGUUAAUUAUGAAAAGUAUGGAGCUCCCGCAUUGGAACAGGCUCAAGCUUAUGGCACAGCCCAAUGGAACGCCCAGGUGACUCCGCGAGUGCAACAGGCGCAGGAUAAGGCCUAUCAGCUUUACUUGGCUGAGGUCGACCCAUACAUUCAGCAGGGGGUUGCAGUGGUGUCGCCUUAUUACCAAAAGGCUAACACCGUUGUACUCACUGUUUAUUGGGAUCACCUCGUCCCCUUUUAUACUCGAUCGCAGCCUUUCAUUGGCAAAACAUACGCUACAUCGCAUGGGAUUUUGACAACCCAUGUCAUGCCUGGUGCACGCUACACUUGGUCUUCUUUGGUCUACUUUGCCAAUAGCUCUUUGUGGCCGCAUCUUACCGGUCUCUAUUCGGAGCAAGUUGAACCCCAGUUGGUCAAGAUUGGCCAACGCCUGGCGAGCUAUAGGGAAGGUAAAAGAUUACGCGCCGUUCUCGAAGAGAUGGAUAAGUAUGACUCCACAAAUUUUACGCAUAAAAGGCCAGCCAUUGACACGUCGUUUUUUAGUUCCUCGGAUCAAAGUAGUUCGUUGAUUAGCUCCACAUAUGCGGAAUCGGGUCGAACUACAAGUGUCAUUGCACCUUCUUUUUCUUCUGGUUCUUCUACUACCUCGACGGCCACAUCUGAGACUCCGUCUGUUGCGCCUACUCUUUCACCCGCAGAAAAGGCACAGCAAGAUCGUGAGCGGAUUGACUCCGACAUUGAAAGGUGGCAAGGCAAGUUUGCAGCCGCCGCGGACAGUGGUAUUGAGGACCUUGAAAGUCGUCUUGAGGAUAUCGUAGGCGCUCUGGUGUCGAAUAGCGCUAAUAGUCACGGUCUGAGCCUCUCCACAGCUCUCGAAAGUGUAGCUGCCAAACAGCUUGACUUGAUAAAAGAGCGCAUCAAUGAACUUGUCGAAACCCUUCCUGAGCAUGAUGCCCCAGAAGAGGAGGGUGAUGCUCGCGAUCGAUUAGUGAGCGAUAUUCGAGCUUCCGCCAUCUCUGUUCGAGACCGAGCCCAUGCCCUUCGCGAGUGGUCAUUGUCAUUUGACGUUGAACUUUUGCGUCGUGUAUCUGCCGCGGUUAAUUCCACUCUUGAUGUCCUUGACGGCAUUCGGGACCUUGGUUUGCAAGAAAUUGGUUUGCGCUGGGCGUGGAUGGAUGGUGUAACUUACAAAGAUUGGGCAAGAUAUCGCGACGUGAAAGCACAGCUCCAGGACUGGCGCGAUGAAAUUCAUCGAGUAGGCAUGAACCACAAAUCAGUCGCAGAGGCCAAGGCAGUUGUCUCCGAUAUUUUGGAUCACGGCAUGGAAGUUGCUCAGGAGGCUGCCGUGGAGCUUGUCAGAUUGAAGGAUGUUGGUCACUGGAAGAUGGCCGCUCGUGAGGUUAGCGAAAAUUUCGAGUCCAGGUCUGAGCCACCUCCCCCGCGUCCAAAGCCAGUUGUUGAGAGCGAUGCGCCGGAGGAUAUUCCCGUUCAAGAAGAUGAGGAAUCUACCACAGGGUCGGAAGCAACAACCGCCCCUGUUACCUCUGACAGCCAAGAUGAUCUCGUAGAUGAGAAUCCUUUUUUACCCGACGACACAAGUGACACUCCAACGGAAGUCGAAGAGGAGGAUGAGGAGUCAUUUUUGGCUGAUAGUAUUGAGGGGGACGCGCCAAUGCCGACAAAGGCUGCUUGGGGCGGAGUCGCUGCAGCUGAAGCGAACGCAUAUCAAGAACCUAUUCUUGAUGAUGAUGAGCAAGAUGCCGUCCACAGUGUGGCCAGCAAAGCCGGGAAUGUCUAUUCGGAUGUGUAUUCCCAAGCGCAUUCAGCUUUUGCAGACUCUACUGCAAAUGCAAAGAUUCUUUACGACAUUGCCAAAUCUCAAGUCAUGGGUCAAGUAAAGGAGACCACUGCUCCCGCCCAUUCUCAGGUUCUCUCUUCUAUUGAGUCUGCAUACUCUGGGGCCAUCAAGUAUGCAACAAAUGAAUUUCAGUCAAGGAUUGCGACGGUUAAGCCAACUCCCCCGGCUUCACCGACUGGGCCGCUAGCCCAAAUUUCAUCGAUUGCUUCCUCCCGUCUGAGUGAAGGCCUUAGCGCGGCCUCAGAGCAACUGGCUCAUAUCCAGCCUAUCCCUUCUCAAACUAGUUUGGCACGUCUUGAACCUUUCGUCCUCGAUGCUCAACGUCGCUACUAUGAAGCUGUUGGUCUUGCUCACGAUCAUUAUGACGCUUUCGUUUCGACCGCUUCUGAUGCCGUCUAUGGUACUCCAACGCCAACUGCGCCUCCUCUGGGCAUUGAGUCCCUCAUCAGAGAAGCCGGUGUUCAAUACUCGCAUGCUUCCUCGUUGGCUUCAGCUAACUUGGCUGCGGUUAUUGCUUCAGCUAAUUCGAUGGCGUCAUCCCCGGAGGAUCAGAAAGCACAGGGUGUCGUUGCCGAUGCUUCAUCAAGAUACGAAGCUGCUCUGUCCGUAGCAUCUGCGUCGCUCUCUGUUGCAUCCGAGACUGCCAGCUCUGCUCUGUUUGGUACCACGCCUGGACCCUUGAAAUCUCUCUCCAGUCAAGCAUCUGAAAACUGGGAAAACCUCAUUUCGAAGGCUAGCGAGCAGAUUUAUGGUACGCCUGCUCCGUACUUGGAGCAACUCCAGGAUCGCCUAGUACAACCACAACUCGACGCUGUCAAGGUGGUCGUAUCUGAACUGCUCAUUGGCAAAGAACCCUCUUUCACUGAGAGUGUUAUGAGCAGACUCCGUGCUGCUUAUGAAACACCUUACCCCACUGCGGCGUUCUCUUCUGCCUCAAGCUACGUCAGUGAGACUUACGAGUCUGCGUCCUCGGCUGCCGAUGCAUUCGCAUCCAACAUUCCUGACUUGGAUAAUAUCAUGCAAAAUGCAAACGAGCAGCUUCACGCGGCUGUUGAGGCUGCUAGUGUCGGCGUUUAUGGUACCCCUAAGGGUUCUUGUGAAAAAGCCACCAGCACUGCAUCUGAGGCAUAUGCGGCAGUAUCUGCACAAAUCAGUGACUCGGUUUAUGGGAAGGAACCUAGCUAUAUUGACCUCGCAAAGGAGCACAUCGAGGAUAUCCAGUCGAAGGCCAAUGCAGCUAUUUACGGUGAAGAACCUGGUGCAGUAGAAAGCGCCACAAGUCGCCUUGCUGCGGCUGUCGAGGAUGCUCAGUCUCAGUUGGCUGAACUCGCCUCUGGCGCGAGCAGCGUUGCCUCAGGUGCUGCUGAUGCUGCUGUCUCUCACGUCGUUGAAGCAACAAGCAACAUCAAAUCCGCAGUCUCUUCGGCCAAAGACGAACUUUGA